AGGCGGCAGAAGCGGCGGCGGGGCCCGGGAGGGGGGCGGCGCGGGGGGCCGGCGCGUAGCCGGGACUAUGGAGGGGCAGAGCGGCCGCUGCAAGAUCGUAGUGGUCGGGGACGCGGAGUGCGGCAAGACAGCGCUGCUGCAGGUGUUCGCCAAGGACGCCUACCCCGGGAGUUAUGUCCCCACCGUAUUUGAGAACUACACCGCAAGCUUCGAGAUCGACAAGCGCCGCAUUGAGCUCAACAUGUGGGAUACUUCAGGUUCUUCUUACUAUGACAACGUCCGGCCUCUGGCCUACCCAGACUCUGAUGCUGUGCUCAUCUGCUUCGAUAUUAGCCGGCCAGAGACCCUGGACAAUGUCCUCAAGAAGUGGCAAGGAGAGACUCAGGAGUUUUGCCCCAAUGCCAAGGUGGUGCUGGUUGGCUGUAAACUGGACAUGAGGACUGACCUGGCCACACUGAGGGAGCUAUCCAAGCAGAGACUUAUCCCUGUUACGCAUGAGCAGGGCACUGUGCUAGCCAAGCAGGUGGGGGCUGUGUCCUACGUCGAGUGUUCCUCCCGUUCCUCUGAGCGCAGCGUCAGGGAUGUUUUCCACGUGGCCACAGUGGCUUCUCUUGGCCGUGGCCAUAGGCAGCUGCGCCGUACUGACUCUCGCCGAGGACUGCAGAGAUCCACUCAGCUGUCGGGAAGGCCAGACCGGGGAAAUGAGGGCGAGAUACAUAAGGAUCGAGCCAAGAGCUGCAAUCUUAUGUGAGGGGACAGAGAAUGACUAGGGGGAGAGAUGGAAUUGUUCCCCUGCCUGCUCCUUUUUGACCUCCUGACCCUGGCUGGAAGGGCAGGGCAGGCAGAGGAGUAAUUCUGGUUGGAAGGCUAGAGGAUAGAAGGGUGUCAGCAUUUCCACACCCUCAUCCCCUUUUCUGCUGGUAGCUGAGAGGGCGAACAGGGUAGGCAUGUGGGGCAUGAACUUGAUGGGGCAGGUGGGUGUUCAGGAAGCCAGCAUCAAACAAUGACUUUGGAUGGGUCUCCUAUGUAAAGUGUAUCUUCCCUUGCCACCCUAGUUCCCAUACCUGUCUGCCUUCCCUAAGGGGUGUCCACUGGAUGACCUCUUCUCUCACUUCUACAUCUGCCCUCAUACAGGCAACACACACUAAAUUUUAAAGCAAGAAGUCCUCCCUACCAUCAACCCAGCAACCAGUUCUAGCCUUCCCCUUCCCCUGCAGUCCGAAAAUAAAGUCCAUGACCAUGGAAAACGGC